CAACACACAGGUGCACAGUUGCACGCGAUACACGGGGGAAACAUCAGUAUAGGAUAAGAAACGAGUAAGAACAACGCGAAGAGAUAAAAUGCACUUGCUAGGACAUCAUCUUCCAGAUCAUAAACUUCUCCGGAUCGCUCUCACUUCAUUCUACGGAAUAUCCCAUUCAACAUCUUCCCGUCUUCUCGCCAGACUCCAAAUCCCUCUUCAACAACGUGUAUCAGAUCUAUCCGAGUCUCAAAUAACAGCAUUAUCUUCUUAUUUAUCUUCACCAUCAACUUCCACACCUCCUACUCCUACUCCACUUUCGUCCCCUUUUUCCGAUCUAACCACUUCAUCCUCUUCUUCCGACCCGACUACAUCUGCCUCAACAUCGGAUCAGACACAUUCUUCUUUGUCUAACCUCACCACACUUGGGACCAUUAACGUGGAUCACAGUCAUAAAGAGACAUCUGGGAAUGACGAAUCCAGUUUGUUAAUUCAAAUAGCUAGGAUGUCUUUGAGACCUCAUCAGAAGCGAUCGGAAAGACCGGACCCAUUGGACGAUCUGAAGAUUGAGACGGAUCUCAGAAGGAGUGUCACUGCCGAUAUCGCUCAUUUGAGACAGGUGGGAUCGUAUCGUGGUAAAAGACAUCAACAAGGUCUUCCCGUUCGAGGUCAAAACACCCGGAAGAACGCCAUGACAGCUCGCAAGCUCAACAAGUUGGAGCGCAAGUAGUAGGUUGACAUGUAAUCAUCAAAUGAAACAAUGGGAUGUGUGCAUGUUCG